GCGGCGGCGGCGGCGGCGGCGGUGGGUAAAAGCGCGGCGCGCGGCCCCCGAGCGCGCCAACCCUGUCCUCGCCGGAGCCCGCGGCGGCCCAGCGCCUGGUCCUCGCCCCGCACCGCGACCCCGCACCCCGCCGGCCGAGCAUGGGCGCGCGCGCCUCAGGCGGGCCUGUGGCCCGGGCCGGGCUUCUGCUGCUGCUGCUGCUGCUGCUCGGGCUGCUGGCCGCUGGCGUGCAGGGGGCUCGGGGCCGCAGCGGCGCCGAGAAGAACAGCUACCGCCGCACGGUCAACAGCUUCUCGCAGAGCGUCAGCAGCUUGUUCGGCGAGGACAACGUGCGCGCCGCUCAGAAGCUCUUGAGCAGGCUGACCGAGAGGUUCGUGCUGGGCGUGGAUAUGUUCGUGGAGACACUGUGGAAACUCUGGACAGAGCUCUUGCAUGUUCUUGGACUUGAUGUCUCCAACCUGUCCCAGUAUUUCAGCCCAAACUCGGUGUCCAGCAGCCCGGCCCGCGCGCUCCUGCUGGUCGGUGUCGUCCUCCUGGCCUACUGGUUCCUGUCCCUGACCCUGGGCUUCACCUUCAGCGUCCUGCACGUGGUGUUCGGCCGCUUCUUCUGGAUCGUGCGGGUCGUCCUGUUUUCCAUGUCCUGCGUGUACAUCCUGCACAAGUACGAGGGCGAGCCGGAGAACGCGGUGCUGCCCCUGUGCUUCGUGGUGGCCGUCUACUUCAUGACUGGGCCCAUGGGCUUCUACUGGCGAAGCAGCCCCAGCAGCCCCAGCAGCCCGAGCAGCCCCAGCGUGGAGGAGAAGCUGGAGCACCUGGAGAAGCAGGUCAGGCUGCUCAACAUCCGUCUCAACCGGGUGCUCGAGAGCCUGGACCGCUCCAAGGACAAAUGAAGGUCAGCUGGCCGGGUGGGCCCACAGUUACCAGCGCACUGUCGCAGAAAACGAAAACAGAAAAAAAAAAAAAACCCCAAACAAUCUUAAUAAACACGACUGACCGAGAAAGUGGCACUGUGUGAGGGUAUUUCCACCCAUCCGGCAGCUCUUAGGACACGUUCCCAGAAGAGCGGAAAGAUCAUUGACGUGGAACUACACACAAGUGUCAUUAGUGGGAAAAGUAUAUUUUUUAAAGGAUAGAACCAUAUUUAGCUGUACAGUAAGAAAUUUAUCUGUGCAUAGAGCGUAAAGUUAAUUUUUCCAAGCAUUUAGAUACAUCUUUUGUAAGGUUUUUUAAUAAAGCAGAUUGAGUCAAGUUUAU